GUCACACCCAGGUAUUCCCCAGAACUGUACCAUAGUAUACUCAGUAAAACGUCAACCUCCAACAUCCCAUCAAUACCUUCAUCAUGACUCCCCGAACUAUCUACCUAGUAUCCGACCGCCAAGCCUCCUCCCAAAGAGCCCAUUUCUCCCUCUUCGUUCCAUCAACGGCCGAUCCUACCAGGGGAACCAUCAUCCAAGUCAUCGGAGCACCCAUGACAGGCUACGCCCUUGAAUUCAAACGGAACCACUCCCCCAGCUCUAUCCAGCACAGUUAUGAGACCUGCCCCAUCGGACAAGUCGCGUCGGCCCACAUUGUGGAUUCCACGCACACAGCAGCGAGCACAGACUGCGAACCGAAGGGGGAUAUCGAGAUCGCUGCCGCCCAGGUCCCGCCUCCGCGGAUUAGCGAGAAUUUUCUGGCUCCUGUUAAUGAUACAACCAACAAAAGAUGUCAAGAAUGGACGAUGGAGUAUAUCCGACAUCUGGUGCGCAAAGGCCUUGUAGAUGCAAGCGCGGUGGAGAUCGUCCAGUCCAAACGAGACCCACCCGGCCAUGGGAUUGGUUUGCAACCCGCAGGGAGACAUUAAUC